CAGUCGCUUGUCAAAGUGGUUGGGUUGGCUAGUUUGUGGUGCAGCUGCGUUGAACGUUAACACCAACGCCAACCCCAGGGGAGACUGCCAGGCCUACGUGGAGCUGAACGAGCUGAUGAAUGACCAGCAGAACCAGCAGGGCUUCUGGCAGGAGACGGGCCGAUGGGUGGGCCAUGAGGAGAGCUAUGACCCCGAGGCCGGGGGUUGGGGACCCUCACACAUCUCCUACCUCACCUUCAAGAGCCUCAUCCAGCUGCGCCGCACCAUGAACACAGGUGUGGUGAUGCUAGACCGGCUGGAGCGCAGUCUCUCCGACAUCGCUGAGAAGAUAGUGGACGAGUUGAUCAGCAAGAAAGAGAUCAGGCCCAGCGAUCGGGAUGGGGUACUCCGUUCCCUGCUCCAAAACCGCAGCCAAACCGCAGUAGAGAGCCAACCCUUGGUUGUGGGGGCGGAGAUGCAGACAUUUUCUGUCAAAGAGAGGAGAGAUGCAACUGACACUGUAGAGGCCUCUAUGGUACUUGUUGGAGCUCUGGACUUCCUGGAGAGGCCCACAGUGGCAUUUGUGCGUCUGAAGGAGGCUCAGGUUCUGGAUUCGGCCCUGGAGGCCCCAGUGCCAGUCCGCUUCGUCUUUAUCCUGGUGGGCCCUACCAAGAGUGACAUGGACUACCACGAAACCGGCCGCGCAAUGGCAGCACUCAUGGCCGACAAAGUGUUCAACCAGGCGGCGUUCCAAGCGCAGGGCGAACGGGAGCUGAUGGACGCCGUGGCUGACUUUAUGGACUGCAGCAUCGUGAUCCCUCCCACGGAGAUCCAGGACGGGGCGAUGCUCCAGUCCAUCAUCGGCUUCCAGAAGAAACUGCUGCAGGAGAGGCUCCGUCCCUCCGACCCCGUGUUACGUCUGGACUUGAAGCCCCGCAAAUCUUCCAAACCAUCUGGGCCUGCUCCUGAGGAUCCUCUGGUUCGUACGGGUCGGCCGUUCGGCGGGAUGAUACGAGAUGCGAAGAGACGCUACGAGCACUAUGUGAGUGACUUCACCGAUGCCCUCAACGCUCAAGUACUCGCCGCUAUCAUCUUCAUCUACUUCGCUGCCCUGUCCCCUGCCGUCACCUUCGGAGGAUUGCUAGCUGAUAAGGUGGACAACAUGAUGGGUGUGUCUGAGCUCCUGGUCUCCACCUGUGUCCAGGGAGUCAUUUUCUGCUGCAUCGCAGCCCAGCCAGUCCUGGUCAUCGGCUUCUCAGGCCCACUUCUGGUGUUUGAGGAGGCCUUCUUUGCCUUCUGUAAGUCUCAGGACAUUGAGUACAUUGUCGGGCGUGUGUGGGUGGGCGUGUGGCUGGUAGUCAUCGUGGUGGUCAUCGUGGCGUUCGAGGGCAGUUUCUUGGUCCGCUUCAUCUCCCGCUUCACCCAGGAGAUCUUCUCCAUCCUUAUCUCCCUCAUCUUCAUCUAUGAGACCUUCGCCAAGCUGGGCAGGAUUUUCAAGGCCCACCCAUUGAUCCUGAACUACGACCACCUCAACAACACGGUGGAGGACCCAUGGCACCCAGUGGUGAUCCACAACCACCUGUAUGACAACAGCACGGGCAACACCACCACCACAGUCAACAUCCUGGACCGGGCCUACCCCAACACGGCCCUGCUCUCCAUGUGCCUCAUGUUUGGAUGCUUCUUAAUCGCCUUCUUCCUGCGCCAGUUCAAGAACGGGACCUUCCUACCUGGAAAGAUCAGGCGCUUGAUUGGGGACUUUGGGGUGCCCAUUGCUAUUUUCUUAAUGUGUGUUGUGGACAUCAACAUAGAGGAUGCGUACACCCAGAAACUGGCAGUACCCAAGGGUCUGACGGUGUCAAACCCUGCUGCCAGAGGUUGGCUCAUCAACCCGUUUGGCGAACACAAGACUUUCCCCGUGUGGGUCAUGUUCGCUUGCUGUGUGCCCGCUUGUCUCGUCUUCAUCCUCAUCUUCCUCGAGUCCCAGAUCACCACUCUGAUUGUGAGUAAGCCGGAGAGGAAGAUGGUCAAGGGAUCUGGCUUCCAUCUGGACCUCCUCAUCCUGGUGGGCAUGGGCGGGUUUGGUGCCAUUUUUGGCGUGCCGUGGCUGAGUGCCACCACCGUGCGUUCGGUUACCCACGCCAACGCCCUCACGGUCAUGAGCAAGGGGCCCAAGCCGGAGAUCGAGAAGGUUGUGGAGCAGAGGGUCAGUGGGAUUCUGGUGGCUCUGCUCGUCGGUCUGUCCAUUCUCAUGGAGCCCAUCCUGAAGAUGAUUCCGAUGACGGCUCUGUUCGGGAUCUUCCUCUACAUGGGAAUCACCUCGCUCAACGGGAUCCAGUUGUGGGAUCGCAUUCUGCUCCUGCUCGUCCCCAAGAAAUACCACCCCAACGAGCCCUACGCCACCAGGGUGUCAACGGGCAGGAUGCACCUAUACACAGCCAUCCAGGUGGUGUGUCUUGCAGUGCUGUGGAUCGUCAAGUCCAGCCCGGCCUCCCUGGCCCUGCCUUUCGUUCUCAUCCUCACUAUCCCCCUCCGCAUGGCCAUGACCGGACGCUUCUUCACCGAACUGGAGAUGAAAUGUUUGGACGCCGACGACGCUAAGGUUACAUUUGAGGAGGAACCUGGACAGGAUGUCUACAAUGAAACUCAGAUGCCAUUGUAGACAUCUGGACCCGCCAUUUUUAUCCAAAAGCCCUUUAUUUUAUUUAUCUGACAUGACAAAGUAUUUGAAUAGGAUUCUUGUUUUUGUCGACUACCGUAUGAACUGACAUAUAUAUCUUUUGGACUGUUUUUAAACCAUCAUGAAGCCCAAAUAGUAGGUUAUGACCCUUAGAUUUCAAAUAUAAGAAAUUGUCAGUAAAAGAAAAUUAUUUUUUAAAGAGUUUAUACCUUCUGUAUAUUUGCCUAUUUCUUUCCAGUCAAACAUUCCUGCAGCCAUAUAUGUGUGUAUUUAUGCAGCAAACAGCUCUCCCCAUCAUAAUAAUACUUUGGCCUAUGAUAGUGUGUUAAUUUCAUAUUGCCCUAUUGACUUUCCACCUCUGUAAGGCCUUUAAAAAGGUUUUGACUUAGAACUAUUAUCUUGCAAAAAAAUUGUACAAGAAGGCUUCAUUCCAUAUAAGAAUGAUGUUUUGCACGUCUGCCCACUAUUAUGGUAUUUUUUUAACAGUUGACCUGAAACGCAGACCGCUGUAGACUGCGGCCAUAUCAGUGUCAAUAUCUUUCACAUUGUUAAGGAGUUUUAUCCAUGAAUUACAAACCUACCAUAUGACUGAAGAAGCAAAAUCACUCAAACUUGCCUUUCGGAUAACUUUUAGGUAUUGUUUUACGUAUUGAUAUGAAAUACCAUGGAGAUGGGAUAAAUUCUUAAAAUGCUUUUAUUUUAAUUUAAACACCUAGUGAUUGUGGAAUGUUAUUGAUUUAAAUAUUGUAUAAGAGAGAUUUGAACCAUAGAGCUCGCAAGCUUGUAGUCCUAAAAAUAGAAAUGAGUAACCUCUGGUUUGUUUAGCCAUUCCAAUGGGGAAAAUUAAUGGAGAAAGAAUGUUUUGGGAGAAAUUUUGAAAAAAAGUUUGAGGAGAUCUUAUAAAUUUUGUUCUAUGAGAUAAUAUCAGUCAGUUAGCAUGACCUUCAUGAAUUAUGAAGCCUUUAUGUGCUGUAUGUGCUUGUUUUGAUUACAUAAAUGCUUCGACAUUCACAAAAAAUUACGUUAGCGGAUGAAGAUUAUCUCAUAGAACAAACGUUAAGAUCUCCUAAACCUGUGUUUGCUACAGACCUUAUUUUCAGCGUUUAUCCAAAACCCCUCUAAAAUAACCAUUCAUUUUCGCAUAGGCUUUGGCAAACGAAAUGUGUUGGUUAGUGCCUAUAGAAAGACACCAUUACUAUUAUCUAUAUGUACAUACAUCAAAGCUAAAAUCAUAAAUUAAAAGUAUAUUUGAAGAGAGGAUGGAGGGAUGCAUAGGGGUGUGUUUAAUUGAACUUUUUAUUGAUAGGUCUGACAGUGUUUCUUUGUUGUUGUGAUCUCUUCUCAACAUCAAUUAAAUGCUUAAAAAAUAUAUACAUAUAGUGAUUUCACUUUUUUUGUAUUCGUCACUAAUCGGAUGCCGUCGGUAAAUCUUCCCUUUCGUCCAUCUGAUUGGUUACUUUGCACUGAGCCGCUCAUACUUAAAAAAAAUAAUAAUAAUAAUAAUAAUUAUUUUUUAUUUUUUAAAUUUAAACACGGACAUAUGAGAGAAGGUAACUUGCAUUGGCAGGGGGUAGGUUAGAGAUGGCGUCCCUUAAUGAAGCAAGAAAGAGAUUUCACUGCGGAAAAGUGGAAUAUUUUCACAAGGAGUCGUUUAAUUGGAUUUCGGAGGAGGAAUGGAGGGAAAAAUAGAGGUAGAAGAGUUGAAGAGAAUGAGCGAGGCAGAGGUAGAAUCUGUUGAAGAUGGCAGAAAAUAGGGAGGAGGUGUGUCGUAGAAGAUUGGUGUCAGGUGCAAACAGUGUUCCCUACACCAGAUCGAGUUCUGGGGGUGAAAUGGAAGCGAAUGAGGGCGAGUUAAGUGAGGUGGAAAGUGUGGUGAAGACGGAGCCUAAUCCAUUUGUGGUUUCAGGGUGGGUGGGGAAGGAGUUGGUUUGAGUUGAAUCGGCGUGGAAUUAUGAUAAACUGGAAUUUUUCUUCAAAACAGGUUGUAAAAGCAUGUUAGACAUUUAUAGAAUAAAUCAUACCUAGUUUGAUUCUGUGACAAACAGUGAAUUAGUUAUUGAUUUAUACAGCUUUAAAUAGCAUUUUAAAGAUUGUGUGUAUUUCAAUCAACUGGAUUUUUUUUUUAAUCUAAACAAAGGUCUAGCAUACUUUUACAACACUUAUAGAACUAACCAUAUCAAUUUUUAUGUUUCUGUGAUAAUCAAUUAAAUAGUUGGUUAGAAGUUAGUUCGUUAGCUAACUAUAACUAACUAGUAAUCUGUGAAUGAAUGUUUUCCCUCUACAGUAUGUGGUUAAUUUUCAGAAUGCGAUAAUUAGGUAACAAUGAGGCGUUGCUUGUUAAACAAGUGUAGCUGGGCCUGUCUUAAGAUGGAUGUCACUAUAGAGGUGAAAGGAACACCACACACGUUCCCUCUUUCUCAAUUUUACAAUACAGUGGCUAAAAAGGGGUAUGCCAGGUGUACUCUCUGCCUGAAAGAGAUAAAUUAUGCCAACAAAGGGUAUAAUUCUCUGGUGGCACAGAUGUCCACUGGCAGAAAGUGUACAAUGUAAUAAUGUUCAGUGUAGCCCAGAGAUAUUGCUUUUGUUGUGUUGAACUUGACAGUAACACUUGUGAGUGAGGGGGGGAUUCUUACAUUUUUACUCAGUGAACGUUAUUUUUGCACACAUGUAGCCUUGUGCACUUGAUCGAUGUCUAUAGUGGCCACUAUAAUAGAGCAAAAAUAGAAUGCAUGUUUGUUUCAUUCUAUUUCUACGUUAUGUUUUUCUCCCCCAAGUGCAAUAUUUAGGUGUGUGUGGUCACAAGCGUUUUAUUAUAAAGGCUGUCA